AUGGCCCCCAAGCGGGCCAAGGCCGGCGGAGCGGCCGCCUCCUCCGCGGGGACCGCAGCGAAGAGCUGGGAGACUGCGCUGGUGUCCGCCCCGUUGGAGGAGGAUGAUUGGAAGCCUAGCAUCGCUUUUGUGGUGGGAGCCAGAAUUGAGGAUGAAAUUCACACAAAGGCCUUGUCCCUUGCUGUGCAGGUGCCACAGCGGAAGCUGUUCAGCGUGGUAGCACAUGAAGAUAUCUUCAGACAGAUUGCAGAAUCUGGAAGUCAGAAGGGGAAAAAGGUUAAGGAUGUGCCUGUGUUCUAUGAGGUAGUAGAAGUAGCCAAAGCCAUUUUGGAUAGUGGAGAAGAAAUUCCUGUUACACUAACUGGAAAGCUAUUGAAAUUUCAACUGCUUUGCAUUAAACAGAGGGAUCUUCAGAGAAGGGACGCUGAAAAGGCUGAAGAAGAGCAAAAAAAGGAGAAGAAUGGGGGGAAAGAAACAGGCAAACCUAUUGGCAAGGAGAAACCUCCUAGUGCCAAGACAACUGAGAAAGAAAGAAAAGGAAAAAAGACAGAAGCAGCCCCUCCAGUGCCAGUUACUGGUAAAAAAAAUACCCAAUUGAAGCGACGAGGAGAGAAGGAAGAGGAAUACAAAUAUAUUGAUGAUGAACCAGAUGACGGUGCCCAUUAUUACUUUAUAAUUUUGGGUUUCCACAACCUUCAGCUACUGCCAGUGAUGUCUGAGCUUGGAGUUAAUGUUUCAAGUGUAAUCAGGAUUUCUUCUGAGAAUUAUGAGCCAUUACAGGCAUACUUGGAAGCAGCUAGACUUCAAGAAGAGUCUUUACUUUCACCUGAAGAUGUAGAAGCAGAAAAAGAAAAGAAAAAUGAAUCUAUCAAAGACCUGGAAACAUUUUGGAAAUACCUGGAACCAGUUCUGAACAGUGAAAAGCAUGGGUCAAGACUUUUUGAUGUUGCCAGACUUCAUCACCUAGUUAAGGAGAAUGCCUUUCCUUCUGAUUGGUCUGACAGAGAAAUCCUGCUUGCAUUUGGCACUGAACUAUUUGAAAGCAUUGCUUGUUUAAUGUAUGACUGCAUAGACUGGAGAAGACAGCAUUGUAACUACUUGGAAAACACCGAGUUUAUUAAUGUGCCUGAACUAUCGACACAGCCACCUGUAGUAACCAAGAUACAACCAGCAUCACAGAUUACACCUUCAAAGAAAAAGCAGCAAGCAGAAGAAGUUCUGACAACUGUAAUUUUAUCACAAGAGGAAGAAUUUUCUUUUAUGGCUACUUCCAUGGAUAUGAGAUAUUACAAUGACUUGCUGAAUCAGAUUCCCGAGGAAUGCUUUUCUGUGCCCAUAAUGCUGAACUGCAUGCUGGAACAGGUUAUUGCAAGUGAAGAAAACCUAACACCACCUAGUCUGGUGGUGCCAGAAGAACGGGCAGAUGGGAUACAUCAUAAGAUUGCAGAUCAUAUAGCCUCUGUGCUUCCUUCACUUCCACUUUCUGAGAGUGAAAAAAAGAAUCUGUAUGACUACUUUUCUCCCAAAUACAGCGAAGAAACUGUAACCCCCAAAUACCCACUCCUAUUUAACUACCACGAUACUCUAGCUCAGCGCUUGCACCUGCUGAAGAUCCAAGGCAACUUAAAUCCGAAAAAGAUUGAACAUGAAAUGAUGGAUAAAUUGCCUCUUAAAGAACUUAUCCAUUUCACCCUUCCUUCAGCUGAAAAUGACUCUAAACGCUUGGCCAGAGUUCACGAGCUUAUGCAUUAUUGUACCAGUGAACUUCUGAGUUGGGCUGAAGUGGAAAGAGCCUUCAGAGUGUUUACUUUUGAAAGCCUGAGGCUGACUGAGCUGAGUGACUCUGGACUCCUGGAGAGCUCUGGAUCUCUGAUUGGAGGUGAUUCUGAAGUAUCUUGUAUACCCUGGGAUAAUCCAGCCAAGUUUGCAAGGCAGCUGAGACAACUCUACCUUAUGGAAACGAAACUUAAUGGGAAAUCACCAGGAGGCUCUGGACAUGCAAAAGGAAAAGACAAGGAUGAAAGAGAUGGUCUGGCUGUUUUGAACAAAAAAUUGGAUGUUUCUACUUCUGAUCUGGUGAGUCUGGAAAAUUCUGGUCUGGAACCAAAACUGGAAGAAAUAAAAAAGACUCAGAAACGUUGUCUGACAGACUGGAAUUUUGCUGAGCGUUUUCAUCCUGAUGUCCUUCUUCAGGUUCUUCAUACUGCAGCCCAGGAAUAUAGAUGUAUCGAUUCCUAUUAUCAUACACAAGAUAAGUCUUUGCUAAUGGUUCUUCACAAUCCUAUGAAUCAGAAUCGUUUGUGCCGGGAGACUUGGGAUGUUGCAUUGCACUCUAACGUUGGAUUCAGGAACUAUCUUGAGCUGGUGGCCAAUUCAAUUGAAGACUGGGUUAAAGAAGAAGAAGUCAAAUAUCAAGAGAAGAGGAUAGCUAGAGAAAUAAAGGCUCUUAAGCAGGGAGAAGACAGCACAUCAAGACCAGAGAGCAUAAUGGACACCGUUCUAGAAUCUCAGUCCAUCAAUGAAAGAAGACCUUUUAUUAGAGAAGGUUCUCUUAAGGCUAGCAAAGAGAAUAAAUUACUAGAGGAAGAACGACUUAAGGAAGAGAAAGAAGCAAAGAGAGAAAAUUUGAGUGGUAAAAUGAAAAGACAAGAGACAGUAAUAUGUGAAGAAAGUGAAGGUUCCGAUAAGAAAUCUUCCGAAGAGAAGCUUAAGGGUGAGCCAGCAAAAGUGCCUGAACCUGAGGAGGAUCUCAGCAUUCCAGAAACACAAUCUGAGAAAAUUUAUAAGUUUCUUGGUUACAACACAGGGGAGAAUCUCAUUCAAGUAUCUGGAAUCAAUCACUAUCUUUUCCCAUCUGAUGGAGGGCAGAUUCAAGUAGAGAAGAUAGAGUUUGUAAAAGGCCUAACUUUGGUAAAGGUGAAAGUGGUAAAGGACAAUCACAACUUCUUCAUUCAUAUCACAGACCCCAAGAAAAACUUAACAGAAAUUGAAGUGCAUGAAAACAACGAAGAACAGAAAACUGCACCAGGAAAAAUUAAAAAUAAAAAGAAAGCUGUGAGCAAGUUUGGAUCUUUUUCAGCCACGUUAGAAAAUGGAAUCCAGCUGUCCCUGAGCUAUUAUGGACCUACAGGGAAGACAGCAGAUGAUGAAACAGAUCCCAUCUUAGCAGCAAUUCUGAACGUUCCUUCUGUUCAUAUUCCAACUGUUCCUCCUUCCAUUACAUCAGCUUCAGGAAAAAAAGACAAGUCAGUCAAACAAAAAUCAGGAAAAUCUCUGCCAUCUACAAAAUCAAGCGGUAUGAGAAUAAGCUCUUCACCACCAGACAACAAUGAAAAACAAGAAGAAAAGGUGGAAGUAGAAGAACCAGCUUCCCACACAGAAGUGAUGUCAGCUGCUCUUGCUUUCCGAAGCCUCAACGUCUCCUGUCCUAAUGGACUAGUAUUAACUUUCCUUGGUGAAAGUUUUGAAGAUUUGGAAGGUGCAGCUGCUACAGUUGAAGCUAAGGAAGAUGAGGUUGAGAAAGGUGAGAUCAGAACAUAUAAAGUCAGAGAAGAGGAGGGCGAGAAACAGCGGACUGAAGCGGAUGAAGCCAAGGAAGAGGAGGCUGAAAAAGAUGAGGCCAAAGCAAACGAGGUGAAGGGGGAGAAGGCUGUGGAAAGCAAAGGGAAGGAACAUGAGGUUAUAGAAGGUGAAAUAAAACAAGACGACACCAAGAGAGAAAAUGCCAAGCAACCAGCUUUGAAAAUUCUCGUUAGGCAAAGUUAUCCCCAGAACGUGAACAACUCUCGUCUAUGUGCAUCAGUGACAAGUCAAAGAAAACAAGAGGUAUCAAGAGUCAUCACCAGUCAAGGAACUGUUGUAAGAUACAUGAUGGAUGGAUCUACCUGGAUUCUGUUUGCUGAUGGCACAGUGAGUAGAAGUCCUGAUUCUGGCCCUGUCCUACCACCACCUGUAAUUCCAGAAAACAUGCAACCAUUAUCAGAACCAGAACCUUUAGCUGAGAUGAGCACUAGGAGAGGAAAAGGCAGUGACAAAAACAUCGUAUUGCACCCAAAGAAGGAGGAAAUAUUUGAAGACGUUACUCAGGGUCUGGUCAAUCCUGAGCAACCUAAGGAGAAUCAAGCAGGAACCUGGAUAACAACAACCCCAUUAGGCAUUCGAGUGGGAACUGAAGGAGGAAGGCAAAUGGAUCUGGAGCCAAUCUUAUUCUAUCAGGCAACUGACCCAGCUGAUGGAACAGUUAUGACUGUACGAGAUGAUGAAGUGAUAAUUGUUGAGAAGCUGGAUGGCAGCAGAGUAGUAGAUCAUGCAGAUGGUACUAGAAUCACAACUUUUUACCAAGACUGUGAAGAACAUCCUGUAGCUCAGGAUAGCAAGAAAACAGAUGAACUCUCAAAAACCAUCACAAGGAAAGUAAAAUGGAUUCGAGUAGAAAACCCCAAAUUUGCUACUGUUACAACAAAUUGUGAGGAUGGUACCUGCUGUACCAUUUUUGGAGAUGGGACAUCCAUUAUAGCAAAGCCAUGGGGAACAUUUCAGGUUCUACCCGUCAAGACAGGCUCCCUUUUCAUUGAUGAGGAUUGCUCAGCAGUUUAUACCCAUGAAGUCUGCAAUUUCACCACCAGGAAGGAAGGGACACAAGCAGGAAGAUAUAUUAUGAAACAUACUUCCAGCACUAUUUGUGAGAUGCUGGAUCCUGAAGGAAAUCUUUUCAAGGUCAUGGCUGAUGGCAGCACAUCUGUGUUAGUUCAAAGCAUUGGCUUUGACAGCAAGGAGAACAAAAGUUCAGCAUCCGUAGUCCCAGAAGUUAACAAAUCCAUCUCUUGUGAUGAACAUGUCCCCAGGUUCUUCAUCAUCCAUAUGGACGGUUCAGGAACCGAACUCCUGCGGAGCAAGGAUGUGGAAGAGUAUCUUGCUGAGGUCUGUGGUGAUCCAACUGUUGCAGUCUUGCAGGAACCUGUACAAGGAUAUCCAGGUGCUGUAAGUAUUACCAUCCUCUUCCCCUUGUCUGAAGCCUCUCCCUGGGUGAUGAAGAAAGAACCAGAGAGUAUUGUUCCUCCGAAUCUUUGGCCAAAAACUUGGAAUGCAUUUUCUCCUUAUGAGAAGGAGACCACAGUCAGGGCACACACUUGGAAGGGUCUCUGCAUUGGAUCCAAAGAGGAGACAUGCUUACCAGUACCUAUGCGAAAAUGUCCAAAAAAACUGCAAAUCCGUCAGCUGUUCCACUAUGAACCACUCAGUGAUGAACUAAGAACAAAGCUACAGCUUUCUCUCAAGAAAUACAUAGAAAACGUUUUAAAGCAGGAAGAUGAGCUGGAAGAGAUGAAUUUAAAAGAACCAAGAACAGAAGAGGAAAAAGAGAAUGCUGCAAAUCUCCUUGAUCUGAUUAAGUUCUUCCCUAACUGGAAGAAAUCAUCUGAAGAUCUCAGUGCCAAAGCUCACAUAACUGAGCUGUAUGAACAUGCAGUGGCUUCUCAACGCCUGCUUCACACCAAGAAAAGAGUCACGGAGCAAACAGCAGACCAGCAGCAGAGCUUCAGCACAGAAGAACAAACUCCAGUGUCCAAAUGGCAGAGCAAACUACAAGAGCACAGGAAAGAACUUGAUGAAGGAAAGAAAACCUUAAUGGCAAUAAGAAACAAAAUAAUUCCUCCCUACUUCAAAUCAGAAUUGGGCAAGGCAUUUCUCUCAAAAAAGUUUCCUGAUGUGGAAGCACUAUCUAAAGAACUUCCUCCAGUUCCACAAAAAGAAAGUGGGAAUCUCCUUUCAGAGACAAUGAAAAACAUCAGGAGAGAAUCUGAAUGUCUUAGUAGCACGAGUGACUCCUCACCUUCCCCUAGUCUUCUGCUGCAGACUCAUUCCAUACAAAGCGAAGAUUCCAGCAGCACAACAGACUCAAGCUUGGCUGCAGGGUCAGAAGAGGCACCCUUUCAAGUAAAGGUUCAGAGUUUGCUGGUGAAUGCUGCAGGACAGCCAAGGAAAGAGAAAGUGAGAUUACCAUCAUCACUUCUGGGGAGUAAACCAAACUCCAUACCACAUAAAAAGGUAGAAGAUCCUGCCGCAGGAAGGGUCAACAUAUCUUCUCUUGCAAGAGCAAAACAGCAUCUUAGCGACUUCCACCUCCUUCCACCUCAAAUGAUGUUUGGAGUACUAAAGGAAGGCUGUACCUAUGCAGCCACUGUGAUUCUGAAGAAUGUUGGCAUUAAUUUCUCAAGGUUUCGGGUGAAGCAGCCACCUCCAUACACAGGACUGAGCGUGCUGUACACACCUGGGCCUGUGGCAGCAGGACUGCAGGUUGAACUGGAGAUAGAAAUUUUUGCCAUGUCAGUUGGAGAGGAAAGUACUGAUGGCUUUGAAGAAAUUUCCCACGAUAUUGAAAUAAUAACAGAAACACAGACUCUUUUGCUGCCUGUGAGAGCAACUGUGUUAAGAAGUGACAUUUACGAGUGCCGCCCCCAAGGAUACCCCCAGGGUGGGAUGGCAGCAACAGUUCGGGCAGUUCCUACAUGUCCCAAGCCACGGUUCCGGAUUAUGCUACCCCGAAAGCUUUCAAGCUAAUGUCAAAGCCUUGGAAGAAUGAUGUAAAAAGCAGCAAUAUUGAAUUACCCAAAUUUUAGUCCAACGUUAUGGAAACAUUCCCCGCGUAGACUUUUUCAUUUCUUCAAUCAAACUAGCAUGAAUGAAAA